UGAAGAGCGAGGCUGAGGGACUUUCAGUCUUCUUCAUUCUUCACUGCUCAUCAACACGUUUGCAGGCCGCCACACGUCCGAAGUCGUCUUUGCUUGCUUUUUUUUUUUUUUUUUUUUUAAUUUUUUUUUUUUUAUUGUGUCUCGGACGGAUUCUUUGCUGCUCUUCAGGCAGCUGCACGUGCAAGGCUGCAGAAACAUAUUUCAUACUCAGACGAUCCGCACUGUCCGCCUUGCACUUCCGAUGCUGGGAGACAAAGCUCACGGUGUGACUUUGAAGGUUAUGGAAUACACUUAUGAUGACGACCUGGAAGAGUUAUGUCCUGUGUGUGGAGACAAAGUGUCCGGCUAUCACUACGGCCUGCUCACCUGCGAGAGCUGCAAGGGCUUCUUUAAGAGGACGGUGCAGAACAACAAGAGGUACACCUGCGCGGAGAACCAGGAGUGCAAAAUCGACAAAACCCAGCGGAAAAGAUGUCCUUUCUGCCGCUUUCAAAAGUGUCUUAACGUCGGGAUGCGGCUUGAAGCUGUGCGCGCAGACCGCAUGCGUGGGGGCCGGAACAAGUUCGGGCCUAUGUACAAGAGGGACCGGGCCUUGAAGCAGCAGAAGAAAGCUUUGAUUCGAUCCAGCGGCUUCAAGUUGGAGUCCGCGGCGGCUCCCGCUUUGUCCGCCUCGCCCCUUCACGGCGACUACGGCUUCCCUGGUCACGCGCACGGCACGGCGGCCAUGCCCAAGCACAUGCUGCCGUCCACGCCGGACUCCAUCACCCCCACGGACUACGAGGUCGCCCUGUACGGCCCCGCGUCGCUGGUCGUGCAACCCCACGUUGACUACAGCCCGUACCCGACCUUCCCCGGCCGCGCCAUCAAGGCGGAGUGUCCCGACUACACCAGCUCGCCCGAGUCCCUGCCGGGGUACUCCUACCCGGACGCGUACGCCGCCUGCGCCUCGCCGCAGCCCGCCGGGCUGCCGCCGCUGGUGGCGGAGAUGCUGCGCUGCGACCCGGACGAGCUGGCGGUGCAGAGCAAAAUCGUCAGUCACCUGCAGCAAGAGCAGGGCAGCCGGGGACGGGCGGACAAAGCCGGAGCCUUCGGCCUCAUGUGCCGCAUGGCGGACCAGACGCUCUUCUCCAUCGUGGAAUGGGCCCGCAGCUGCCUCUUCUUCAAGGAGCUCAGGGUGGGAGAUCAAAUGAAACUGCUGCACAACUGCUGGUCUGAACUUCUGGUCCUGGAUCACAUUUUCAGACAAGUGCAACAUGGGAAGGGAGACAGUAUCCUGUUGGUGACCGGCCAAGAGGUUGAGAUGUCUUCUAUUUUGUCUCAAGGCGAGGCGAUGCUUACAAGUUUGGUGCAAAGAGGACAGGAGCUGGCGGGAAGGUUGAGGGUCCUGCAGGUGGACCGCAGGGAGAUUGCCUGUCUGAAAUUCCUCCUCCUAUUCAACCCCAAUGUGAAGCUGCUGGAAAACCAGGCAUUUGUGGAGGGCGUGCAGGAGCAGGUGAACGGGGCCCUGCUGGAGUACACCAUGGCCGCCUACCCUCAGUACCAGGAGAAGUUCAGCCAGCUGCUGGUCCGACUGCCCGAGCUGCGCUCGCUCAGCAUGCAGGCGGAGGACUACUUGUGCUACAUGCACCUGAGCGGCGAGGUGCCCUGCAACAACCUGCUCAUCGAGAUGCUACACGCCAAGAGGGCCUGUGUGUGAGGGGUGGGGUGGGGCCUGCGCCUCCGCCUGAGACUGUUUGCGAGGUCUGCGACCACAAAGUCCACGAGCGUCAUCUCGGCUCGUCUUUAUGGGAGAGUUUGACUUACAGAGCAGGACAAAGAAGUUUGCUUGAGUUUCCUUGAAGCGUCAAACAUGUACACAUAACACGUUGUAUCCAUCUGAUGCCAAUUCUUUCUUCAUCUUGAUGACAUUUUUUACAAUUUCACCAAAUCUUUUCUAAAACAACAAACCUAAAAUCUACACGUUUCCAACAAAAAAAAGUAUCUCCAAUUCAUUAACCAUCAAACUGUGGUUCUCAAACUUUAGAAAACACCAUAAUUAAAAUACAGUAGCAACGUAGGCCUAAGUAUUGGUCAAAAACAAGGCAGGGGUUUUAUUUAACAAGUAAAUGUAACUUUUUUUGCCCAGAUUGCACAAACAUCAACAAUGAUACUGCAUAUAUUUGCAGACUUCUUCGCAGACCACCGCUGUAGAAAACUAAUCAUAUUGGCACUCAUUCAAAUCCCCAACAACAACAUACUCCUUCACUUUGUGAACAAUGAAUAAUCAUACUAAUAUCCACAGCAGUAUCUAAAUCGAUACUACCAAGGGUAGUAUCGAUUACCCUUGGUAGUAUGCUAUCGAUACUUGCGUUGGUCCGCCCACCAAUAGCUCACAAACAAGCUCCAAUAAUGACCACGUUUACAUGCACACAAUAUUACUUUUAUCUUAAGGGAUUACACAAAUAUUUAUGUUUACAUCUUAGUCAGCAUAUUCCCAAUAAUGUUGGUAAGAACGCUAAUACAUCAACACCAAACAAACAUUUUGUUUUUCAGGACCCCAUAAACAAAAUGCUGCCUUUAUGUUGCAUUUUGCAUUGCAUAUUUGCAUAUAUAUCCAUUUUUAGCUUUAAGCUAAUGCUAACAUUUAAACCGGAUGUUUUUGUCGGAUCUUACAGCGUUCACUGUGACUUUCGCUACGCCAAAUAGCAGUGGGGAGGCUCGUAACCCAAACUUUUAGUCAAGAAAAUCUCGUAAACUUGGGAACUAUUGGAAAAACAAAGUUACGUCCAUCUCUAGCUUUAAGCUAAUGCUCGCGAGUAAGAUCGGAUGUGUUGGUCGUAUCUUACGGGGUUCACUGUGACUUUCGCUACGCAAACUAACGGUGGGCAGGCCGAUAACCCGGACUUUUAGCCCAGAGACAGUUAAACCUGGGAACUCUUGGAAAAACAAAGUUACGUCCAUCUCUAGCUUUAAGCUAAUGCUAGCGAGUAAGAUCGGAUGUGUUGCUCGGAUCUUACGGGGUCCACUGUGACUUUUGUUACGCCAACUCGCAGGGCGUAGGCUCGUAACCCGAUCUUGUAGCCAAGAGAUUGUUCGUAUGCUGAAAAUCUCGUAAACUUGGGAACUCUUGGAAAAACAAAGUUAUGUUUCAAUCAAUCAAUGUCCAUCUCUAGCUUCAAGCCAAUGCUAACGAGUAAGAUCGGAUGUAUUGGUCGGAUCUUACAGGGUUCAAUGUGACUUUCGCUAUGCCAACAAUCAGUGGGGAGGCUCGUAACCCGAACUUUUAGCUGAGAGACAGCUCAUAUCCUGAAAAUCUCAUGAACUGGGCCACUCUUAGAAAAACAAAGUUAUGUCCAUCUCUAGCUUUUAGCUAAUGCUAGCGAAUACGACCGGAUAGAGCUAUGGGGUUCACUGAGAGAUUUGCUACCCCAAAUUAAUGGUAGGGAGAUUCGUAACCCGAACUUUUGCCCGCAACAUUAACCAGAAAGACAGCUUGUAUCUUCUUUUGUAAACUGGGACACUUGGAAAAACAAAGUUAUAUUUAUCACUAGCUAUAGGUUAAUGCUCACCGGAUGUUUUGGUCGCAUCUUACAGGGUUUACUGUGACUUUCGCGAUGCUAACUAGAGGUGGGCAGGCUGGUAACACAAACUUGUAGCCAAGAGACAGUUUGUAUCAUUAAAAUCUCAUUAACUGGGGCACUGCUGGAAAAACAAAGUUAUGUCCAUCACGAGCUAUAAUGUAAUGCUAGCGAAUAAGACCAGAGUUAUCUUACAGGGUUUCACUGUAACAUUCGGACCAAUGCCAACUAACAAUAGGGAGGCUCAUACCCAAACUUUUGCUCGCAACAAUUUGUGGCGAAAAAGUUUGUAUCCUGAAAAUUUCGUAAACUGAGGCACCCUUGGAAAAACAAAGUUACAGUACGUCCAACUCUAGCUAUAAGCUAAUGCUGGCGAGGAAGACCGGCUGUUUUGGUCGGAUCUUACAGUGUUCACUGUGACAUUCGCUACGCCAAAUUAACAGUUUGGAGGUUUGUAACCCGAACUCUUGCUCACAAUAAUUACCAAAGAGACAGCUUGUAUCUUGAAAAUGUUGUUAACUGGGACAGUCUUGGAAAAACAAAAUUAUCUAUAUAAGCUAAAGCUAACAAGUAAGACCAGAUGUUUUGGUCAGAUCUUACGGGGUAAAAACAUUAUUUCUAUGGGCGAAUACUGGGGUUUAUACGGGCGUAUGGUGAUGUGCUUCAUCUAGGAAUACUGUUUGCAUGUAAACAAAGUUGCUGUUGGAAUGACAAAUGUGUCACCCUGUAACAACGUUUUAUUUUGAAAAACAUGCUAAACACGUCUGACGAAUAAUUGCCGGGGACCAACUGUGAUGGACUUUAUAAGCUCUUCUUCAGAAACUGAAUGUUUGUUUGGAAUAAAAAACAAUCCAAAUCUUGCAGCUUUGUAAUUGCAAGACGGUUAUGUUGAUAGUUUUUGAUAAAAAAAGGAGGAGAGGUAACCAAAAAAAAUCGAUUCAUAUCCGAAUCGCGAUUCAUCCUGAUUCUAAAUUGAUUCAUCAUUUUCCAAAAUCGAUUAAAAAACAAAAACAAAAAAAAACUUUUAAAAAAAAAUCGAUUUAAAAAAAAUAAAUACAUGAACA